AUGCCUUAAGUCAUCGUUAUAAUUUUGUACUAACAAUCGUUAAACAUGUAUUAUUUUGGCAUGGGUGUAUAUUUCCUUUCUAUCACUUGGCUUGUAUCUUUAUUUUUAUGCUGGGUAUCUGUACGAACGGGACAUUACAUUGGUAAAAUUGCUAUAGUAAUUGCGAUUAUCGUAACUCUUACAUUAGUUUCGGUGCCUAGGGGAAAUGAGUCAUCAGGCAAUUUUUACGACAAAUCCUACGUUCUUCGUCUUGCAAUUCUAUUAUUUUUACUGGUUAGCGCUAUUGGUGCAUCAGUGUUCUGUUUUAUCCAUGUUUGUCUUACGCAUGUGAGAACGCGAAUGAUAAAAAAGUUUGGUACUGUUAAUUAGGUUUUGGUAGUUUUGAGAAUGUGUAGUGCCUUGUGUCAUGGGCUUAAGUCCCCAGCAAGGCGGCUAGCUUAUUUGAGAGUUAAAAACAUAUCAACAUCUAUAGUGCACAAUGAAACUAUAUUAGUAAAGAAUAAUGAUGAAUUUGUUAAUAAGGUAAUCAAUAAUGACAAGGCAGUGAUAGUAAAUUUCCAUGCAGAGUGGUGUGAGCCAUGUAAAAUACUUACACCAAAAUUGAAGGAGCUUAUUGAACCGCAUAAUAACCUUGACUUAGCCAUUGUUGAUGUCGAGGAAAAUGCUGAUCUUGUACAUACAUUUGAGGUAAAAGCAGUACCCGCCGUAAUAGCAAUAAGAAACGGGCUAGUCGUAGAUAAAUUUAUUGGCCUAGUAGACACGGAUAUGAUUAAUAAUCUCAUAGAUCGGAUGUCCGGAAAGAAAAAGGAUGACGCGUAAAGGAUAUUAUGUGACUUGCCAUAUAUAAAUAGUUUAUUAUACGCAACUAAAUAUCGGAAAAUAUACAAAAAUUGUAUAUAAGUAUAUACACAAAUACAACUACUAUUACAACGGCACCUGCCUAGGGUAGUUAAAAAAAUAAAUGUAAUCUAUGGUAGAAAACUUGAUAAUUGUAACUAUUUUUAAAUGGCAAUACUCGAAUCGUAAAUACGUAAGUUGUACACAAAUAUGUUUAAAAUUUUUUUUACACAAAUUGUAGAAAAUUUAUUAACUUAAUUUUAAAACCAUGCUUUAUAUAAUUCAGUAACACUUAUUAUUUAGGGACGUCUGUUUUAUAUUUUUUAAUCCUCUUUGACUUCUAACAAUUGAAAAUAUUGGAACAAAAUGUAGUUAAAUAUAGAUUAGGUUUUUAAUAUUAAAAUUGAAUUUUAAAAGUACUAUACCGUCUUUGAAGUAUACAUAGUAACACAAUAAUGUUUAUAAGGUCUUAUAAUUGACAGGCAUUUGACGUAUUUGUCAUAUGUCAGUUGCCCUGUUGUAAAAAGUAGCUCUAGCAGAAAUAGACAAUUUCAUUAUGUAAACAUACUUCAUUUUAAAAAUAAACAUUGUAUAGGGGUUGUUCACUAAU